AUGCUGCUGCUGCGGAACGUCGUGGUGGUGCACCUGAAGAGGAGCCACAUGCUCUAUGUGGGAAACCUGGCGAACGUGGAAUGCAUCCUGAACAACAAAAGGUGCUUUACCCUCUUGAAAAACGAAAGGUUGGAUAGACUAAAGAGGGAAAUCCGAUACAAGCCAAAUGAUAAUUUCCUCAUAUUACAGUUUUAUAAGGAAGCAAAUGUACAUAACCCAAAUGAAGUUAUAAAACAUUACGAGAGCAACAAUAACAUCAAAAAUGAAAGCAUAACUAAGGAGUACAUAAAAGCGCUAGUGUAUACAAAUAAGUUGAAGUACACGAACUUGGAUAAUAUAAAGUAUGAUAGCGACCCCAUGUUAUAUAGGCGAUUGGUGGAUGAGUCGAGUCAUUCAAAUGAUGUCAAUAACGAUCGUUCGAGUGUGUAUGAUACGGGGAAUUUAAACGCGGAUUCUGGCUACGCUAAUAUGGCUCAGUCAUCUCACAGAAUAGAAUAUGGAGAUAAAAAAAAAGGGGUGCACAGUGAAAUUUAUAGUUUACAAAUAGACCCCAAGAAGCCUUUAAAAGUGUCUGUAGUGGAUGGAAGUAAAAAAGGCAUGUGGGGUUUACUCAAGUCGACCAUUGGGUUUCUAAUUCUCGUGGCGGCGGCAAGUGUAUACCUAGAGGGAGUAUCCCAGAAUGUCCAAAAAGGUAUAGGAGUAGUAAAUAAGAAAAUAAUUCCAGUGGAAAAUGUGAAAGUUACCUUUGCAGAUGUAAAAGGGUGUGAUGAAGUGAAACAGGAACUUGAAGAAAUAAUUGAUUAUUUAAAAAACUCAGAUAAAUUUACAAAAAUAGGUGCCAAAUUACCGAAGGGGAUACUCCUGUCCGGCGAACCUGGCACAGGAAAAACGUUAAUUGCUAGAGCCAUAGCGGGGGAAGCGAAUGUCCCUUUCCUCCAAGCAUCAGGCUCCGAAUUUGAAGAAAUGUUCGUAGGAGUUGGUGCCAGAAGGAUAAGAGAGCUCUUCCAAGCAGCCAAAAAACAUGCGCCAUGUAUCGUUUUUAUUGACGAAAUUGAUGCAGUUGGAUCUAAAAGAAGCAACAGAGAUAACAGUGCUGUCAGAAUGACGCUAAACCAAUUACUGGUCGAAUUGGACGGGUUUGAACAGAACGAAGGAAUAGUAGUAAUCUGUGCAACGAACUUCCCACAAAGCUUAGACAAAGCGUUGGUAAGACCAGGAAGGUUGGACAAAACGAUUGUAGUACCUUUGCCAGAUAUAAAAGGUAGGUAUGAAAUUUUAAAAAUGUAUAGCAGCAAAAUUGUGCUGUCGAAAGAUGUCGAUUUGCAUGUCUUAUCGAGAAGAACCGUUGGAAUGACAGGAGCAGAUUUGAAUAAUAUACUCAACAUAGCUGCUAUUAAAUGCUCCGUGGAAGGAAAGAAAGCGGUAGAUAUGAAUUCAAUUGAACAGGCAUUUGAUAGAGUCGUUGUGGGAUUGCAAAGAAAAUCUCCCCUAAAUGAAGAAGAGAAAAAUAUUACAGCUUAUCACGAAGGUGGUCAUACAUUAGUUAAUUUUUACACAAAAGGUUCUGAUCCUGUCCAUAAGGCAACCAUUAUGCCUAGAGGCAUGUCCCUAGGUGUUACUUGGAAAAUCCCAAUCAGUGAUAAGUACAGCCAAAAAAUCAGAGAUGUACAAAGCGAAAUAGAUAUCCUCAUGGGAGGGUUAGUUUCUGAAGAAAUUAUUUUUGGAAAGAAUAAUGUAACCACUGGGUGUUCUAGUGAUUUGCAGAGGGCUACUCACAUAGCACAAUCUCUUGUUAUGAAUUAUGGGGUAGGAAUUAAUGAAGAAAAUAUAUCCAUGUUCUUGCAGGAUAAAAAAAACAUUAGUGAAGAAAUGAAAAUCAAAAUUGAUAAAUCUAUUCAGAGAAUACUGUUAGAUUCUUAUAACAGAGCCAAAAAGGUCCUGAAUCAACACAUUGAUGAAUUACACAGGGUUGCUUCUGCCCUCGUAGAGUAUGAAACUCUGACCAGCGAUGAAAUAAAACUAGCUAUGCAAGGGAAGCAUGAUCAGAUAAGAAAAAAUAGAGAACUGAAACAGAAGGAGUUUAACUUGAAGGACAGCAGGAUUUC